AUGGCUGGCGGUAAAGGAAAGUCCAUCGGUGGAAAAGGUGCCCCUGGCAAGGAUGCGGCGGGGAAAACUCAGAAAUCUCACAGCGCAAAGGCUGGCUUGCAGUUCCCCUGCGGUCGUGUGAAGCGUUUCCUCAAGAACAACACACAAAAUAAGAUGCGCGUCGGUGCCAAAGCUGCCGUCUAUGUCACAGCCGUUCUCGAAUACCUCACUGCCGAAGUCCUCGAAUUGGCAGGCAACGCCGCCAAGGAUCUCAAAGUCAAGCGUAUCACACCGCGUCACUUGCAACUCGCCAUCCGUGGUGACGAGGAACUCGACACUCUGAUUCGCGCCACUAUCGCUUAUGGUGGUGUUUUGCCUCGUAUCAACCGUGCGUUGUUGCUCAAGGUCGAACAAAAGAAGAAGGGCAAGGUCGAUGCUUAA